UCUUUGAUUACAAUAAAGUAAAGAAAGUCAGCAAUGUAUAAAAGCAUGGGUUUUUACAAAAGAAAGGAAAGAAAAAAAAAAGACAACAAAUAAGACAAAUCCUUUCUUGGUUCAAUUUAUUUUGGUUUAUCAAAAGAAUGGCACAAGUACCCAAGUUUCAAAAAGCAUAUGUUUUGGAUCAUAAAACAUUGAAAUUAAAUCUAAUCGAAGAUUUACCAAUACCUGAGUUACAGCAUGGGCAGGCGCUUUUAAAGAUCAAAGCAGCUGGAUUAUGUCACUCAGAUUUGAACAUCAUAGGAGGAUUACCACCAUUUCAAGAGGAUUUUAUCUUGGGACAUGAGAUUUGUGGGGAGCUAGUCCAAUUUAGAAUUGACAAAGAUAAAGAGAUUAAAGAAAAUGAUAACAAAUUUAAACAAUAUGAGGAGGUUUUAAAUAGCAUUGGAAAAUUAUAUACUGUUUAUAAUGUUUCGCCAUGUCGAGACUGUUCAGUUUGCAAACAAGGCAACGAGGUUUCGUGUCCAGUCAAUCACUUGAAGCAUUAUGGAAUCGGAAGAGAUGGUGGAUAUUGUGAGUAUGCUAUAGUCGAGAUCAAAGAUUUAGUGUUAGUUCCAAAAGAAUUGCAAGAUAAACCAGAGAUCUGUGCAAUCGCUACAGAUGCAAUUCUAACACCAUACCAUGGAAUUAAAAAGUUGAAGAAAAUCGAUGAAAACCACAAAAUCUUACUCAUUGGUGUUGGUGGAUUGGGAUUGAAUGCAUUGCAAAUCAUCAAAUCCUUCAAUGGAUACGCCAUUUGCUGUGAUGUAAAAGAAAGCCAAAGAACUCGUGCAAAGGAAUUUGGAGCAGAUGAAGUUUAUGAAAAAUUGGACGAAACCAAUUCGUACCAGGUUGAUUCAGUUAUCGAUUUUGUGGGAAACGAUGAAACAGUCAAGCUCGCAUUAUCUCAUUUGAAGCCCAGUGGAAAAUUGUUGUUAGUUGGAAUUUCAAGCAAGGGAUUGAAAUUGGAACCAAGAACCAUCACAAGAAUGGUCUGGAAAGAGUUGGACAUUCAAACGACAUGUAUAGGCACUCAGCAAGAUCAAUUUGAGGUGUUGCAGCUAGUGGGUCAGGGAAAGGUUGUUCCUAAAUUUGAGGUUUUCUCGUUAUUUGAGGAUUUGCACAGCUGUUUGGAAGACAUGAAAACAGGAAAGCUCUUCGAUAGAGCUGUUCUUGUGCCAUAACCACCACUAACCACCACUAACCACCACCAAUAGACCACAUAGA